AUGUCUGCUGCAACCACGUACGACAACAACGCCACCAAGGAUUACUCUAGUGGCAGCGAAGAUGGCCAAGCAGCAGGGAAGCGCAAGGCACUCACCACGGUUGGACAGCCUACUGGCAGUAUGCCACUUCCGCCUAGCUCCGAUUAUCUGUCUCAACCUGCUGGAGGUCUCUUGAAAGGUGCCACAGACGCAAAUGGAGAACUCAAAUCCGCUGCUCUGAUGGUUGGUAUCAAGCUUGAUCUUGAGGCAGAGGUGCACUUGACGGCCAGAGUUCGCGGAGAUAUCACCCUUGGCCUAUAUUGA